UGUAGUUUGAAUUUGGCGCGUCGACAGUAGCGGUCAAGCCGCGCGCGCGCUCCAAUGCCAGCUAAGAGCGAACGAAUUGAAAGUUUCGCUCGUGUUAUUUACUUUUUUGUUUGUUUUUGUGCGACGGACGGACUUGUUUUUUGUGUUAAGUUUUCAAAUUUUAAAUGUAGAAAUACUACAACAGUGUAAAGUUAAGCUAUACAGUUCAGUUAUCAAUACCUUCAUGUGCUAAAUAAUUGUGGGACGACGACGCCUACACGGAUGGUGAUAUAAAAUAAUAUGUGUGUACAACUGUAGUACUCGUAACAAUAAUAUUUAUGAUGGAGGGAGAAAGAAAAAUAAACUUGAGCGAAGGUGUCCCACUUAAUUCGGCAGGUGCAGCUAAUAUAUUUUUGAACACGGGUAAAAAUUCAAAAGUAAACGAUGGUACUGUCAUUCAUCUGAAAACAGAGAAACCGGCUGACGUUGGCGUGCAUAUAAAUACGACCUUCUCCAUCGCGUCUUCCAAGAAAAUAAAGCUAAUAUUCAUUUUGAACUUUUUGCUUAGUGUAAUAUGUAUGAUUAUAAGUUGUUCAAUAGCAUUUUAUUAUUGGAAUGAAAUGAUAUCCAUGAGAAGACAACUAGACACUUUAAGAGACCAGUUUCUUGUACAGAAUUUAAAAGAUGGUGUUCUUAACCAGGACAGAAUUGUACAGAGCCAUUUAAGAUCACACCAAAGAACUCCAGAAGUUAGGGAACCAAGAACGGGAAUAAAGGAUGAAAUACCUCCAAAUACAAGAAGGUAUUAUGUUGAGGAUCUUGGAGAUGAUAUGUUGCUUGUUGAUUCAAGCAAGAAAAGUCCUAGUCAUGGUGGAAAUUCAGUUUAUGAUUUAUCCAUCUUCCAAAAAGCACCUCUAGUCGUGCAAUUUAAUGGUGCCCUGAAGGAACUCAAUAUUGGAACCCAAUCGCUAAUAGGCCCGUGGUCGCGAGACAAGGAGGUUUCGACGAAGGGAAGCGAGACCAAAAUAGAGCUCAACGCCAACUAUUUCACUAUUAAGGAGAGCGGACUUUAUUUAGUCUACGCUCAAGUGGUGUACCUAACGCACGCGUCGAACUGCUACUUCGUGUGGGCUCGGCAGCCGGCCAGUGAGCCGCGCCUGCUGAGCACGUGCGCGACCGGCGACGACACGAGCGCGCGACCGCUCGACAGGUCGCAGAUCUCGUGCUCCGUGCAGGCCGUGGCGCGACUGUUCGCGGGCGACACCGUGAAUAUCGCGCAGCGGGAGCAGAACCGGACCAUCUGGCUGCGCCCGGGCUACACCUAUAUUGGUUUUGUUAAACUCAGCUCUUAGUUUUUAUCUUACCCAAUUGGUUUCGUUAAACUCAGCUCUAAGUUUUUAUCUUAACUAAUUGGUUUUGUUAAACUCGGGUCUUAGCUUUUAUCUUAACCAAUUGGUUUUGUUAAACUCAGCCCUUAGUUUUUAUGUUACCCAAUUGGAUUCGUUAAAGUCAGCUCUUAGUUUUUAUCUUACCCAAUUGGUUUCGUUAAACUUAGCUCUAAAUUUUUAUCUUACCCAAUUGGUUUUGUUAAACUCAGUUCUUAGUUUUUAUGUUACCCAAUUGGUUUCGUUAAACGCAGUUCUUAGUUUUUAUCGUACCCAAUUGGUUUUGUUAAACUGAGCUCUUAUUGUCUGACAACUUCAUGCGCGACCGUCCCCACGGGAUGACAGAGGGUAGCGGGGACGGGGUACUAAGAAGGUAGCGGGAUACGGCAGUCUCAUGUGUUGCCCGACACUACUCGCUAGUCUAAAGUCCUUGUGUGUUCCAUGGGACACUUUUCAAUCCGUGGGGUAACUGCCAUUAUAUAUAUUAAGAGCGCAUAUUGCAAUAGGCACCCCACUGCAAAUGCGCUCACAGCGGUCCCAAUUGUGUGCGGAACUUGGGGUCAUUGACCGAAAUUAUUUUUGCAUCGCUACUGUAGUUUAGCAACGAUUGGUGCUUACGAAUACGCGUGCCAUAUGUAAAUAGCUGGCAAUUACUGUAGGACUAACUUAAUAGAAUUGAGUUUCUUUUCAUAUCAUACUUGUACAAAAAGCGAGCUACGGCAGUCUCGUGUGUUGCCCUUCCCCGCAACACCACCCGCUACCCGCUGACUUCUUAGUACCCCGCCCCCGCUGUCCUCUGUCACCCCGUGGGACGGUCGCGCACGAAGUUGACGGACUAUAGUUAUUGUUAUCUUACCCACGUGUUGGUAUUGCGGUCUUCUAAUACUACAUAUCAACCUUGGAAACGAUUUUUCCGCUUCGAGCCUUCGAAGUCUAAGACGAGUGGUCGACAUUAACUGUCACACAACAUUUAUUACGAUUAUUUUCUUUAGACCCAAAUAAAGUACUUAUUAUGGGUCGUACGUACGUAUUAUUGCGUUCAAACGAUCAAACAAUUGUGAAAAGUUUGCCGCGUAUGUCGUGACUAUAAAAACCAUAGAAAUCUAAAUAAGAAGGUACUUAAUAAAAAUAUUUAAAAUCCCACUGAUCAGUUGAAAACAAUAUCAACUUUUUUUACGUAUUAUUAAAAUCUGGCAAAUAAGGCAUUGUUUUUGGAACAGCUAGUAUAGUCUACAAUUGGUAACUAAAACAGCUGUAUUGAAUUUAUGAUGUACCCUCAAAAUAUAAGAUGGUUGCAUUAAUUUCUUAUUCCUAUACAGAAAAAUUCGCCGAUUUUAAUUGAACAAAAGACGUGAAAUGUUAGUUGAAUGAUGGAUAAUUUAUUUUGACAGACCUUAGCGAAAACUAAAUCUCCUGGUACAUAUAUUGCAUAUGUCUAGAAUUUUCUUAUAAAGGAGAAUAUAAUAACUUUGAAGGGUUCAGAUAUAGAAGUGAUAAAGAUUUAUUAUACAUAAGUUAAAAAGAAAUAUUAUUUCCGAAAAUAUUGAGAUACUAGAAGUCCACAGAAAUUAAUAAACAUUAUGCACCGUUUACGUAUAUUUAUAAUAAUUAAAAUAGUGUUAUUUUGUGUAAUAAGUAUAAAGACUUAAUAUGUCUUCCAAAGUCCUUGUGUCUUCCAUGGGACAGUUAACAAUAUGUGGGGUAACUGCCAUUAUAUAUUUAAUAAUAUUCCGGUCGCGGAGCAAAGAUAAUUUCGUUCAUUCACCCCAGUGUAUAUUGAAAUAUGCGCUCAAACCGGUCCCUACUGUGGGCGGUAUUUGGGGUCAUUGACCGAAAUUAUCUUUACGCCGCGACUGUAGUUUAGCAACGAUUGGUGCUUACGAAUACGCGUGCCAUAUGUAAAUAGCUGGUGAUUACUAUAGACCUAACGUUACGAAAAUUGAGUUUGUUUUCAUAACAGACUUGUACAAAAUUAUUGUUUUUGUAAAUAGGGUUCCAUUGUCACUGCCAUUGUAUUAGUUUGGCUCAAGAUAAUUAUAAAUAUUGCUCGUGACUAUUCUAUAUCUUCAUACUUCAGACUUCAUUUCACUGGUGUUCACAAGGCUUGGAAAUCGAAAAUAAAAAGUAAGACCUGUUCGAGGUAUCUCAAUUUAUCUAUCGGAAGACUUGGGCCUGUGUUAUACCUGACAAACCGAUAUUAGCUAGUGUAACAUUCAAAAUACUAAUAGCCUAAACACAUAGUCGGAUUUGGUACGGCCGGACCAUGGGACGGUCCGGUGGUUGCUUCGCACCCAUUAGUCUGGCGUCGUAAUUAGUACGGUCCGGACGGUAAUAAUAACAAUUUUGUCCAAUUGACAAUUCAACAUACCAUCGAAUAUGGUCCGCUACCGGACUGCGUCCGAUGGUUCAGCUGUGCCAAAUACGAUCAUGUGCUUAGGCUCUUAGGAGCAUAUCCUAGCGUGGCUGACUGUUUACGAGUUAUCAAUCAAAAUAGGUUACAGUAAUAAUAGAUUUGUUUUCCUUUUUUACCUUGAUGUAUUGAAAACAGAGAACAGCACUUACGAUGUGAGUAAAAGUAAAAUUUGCAUUUUGAGAUAAAUUUAUAUGACAUGUGAGUCAGUAUAUCGAAUAUCCAUUGUGUCUGAUUUCGCAUGAGAAAAUAGACACUGCAAUGGCAAUAUAUAUAUUUAAAGCACUUAGUUGUGGGAUUUUUUCACAUGGUAUGUAUAGUAGAGGUUUUUGACUACUGUGCAAUCUUAUCCGGAAAAUUGUGUCUAUAAAAUUUGAUGGCUUAUUUUCAAAUUGGCAAAUACUAAAAAAAAUCACAGUAAAGCUGAUAAGUGAUUGAACUUAAUAAAAUACAAAUAAGUCUUCCAAAGUAUAUAUUUAGAAACAUUAAAAAUUGUUCAAUAAUAUAAAUUCAUUACAUGAGUACUUAUUUAAAUGUUUUUCAUUAAGAGAAAUGCUCUCAACAAACUACUGCACAGAAGUCAUUAGAAAUUAAAAAGACAAGAUUAUCACUACCAUUUAAUGAAUAACCAUCAAUAAUCAAAGAGGAUGUAAUUAACGUAGUAUUUAGUAAUAAGAGGUGGGACUGCCUUAGUAAAAAUUUAAAUUUAGUUAGUAUGAAACGUGCAGUGAUUUGACAUAACUUUGAAGUACAGUAUGGCGAUUGUUGACGAAGUAUAAUCCGGCUAAGUUUUGAAGCGAACAGUUGCUUAAAACGUAGUGGAUUUCGGCUAUCUCCGUAUUUUACAAGAUUAUAGCUGUCAUCUGUCAAUGACUGCACGUUUCAUACAAUCGAGUGAAUCGCUUUUUUCUUAGAGCUUCGCUAGGCUAAUCAAUGGUCAUGAGUACUAAUAGGAUUAAGAUAAUUUACAAAAUCGUCAGCGAAAUUCAAUAAGUAAUAAGUUUCUAUAAAAAUUAAUUAAUAUUAACUAUCUAUUAGAUGUAAAUAAUUGCUCAAUAUGGCAUUUGUCUUGAUAAUUAUUAAUAUUAGUUCUCCUUUGUGAAUACAUGUUUUGUAUUUUUUUUAUCAAUGUUUGAUGUGAAGUGAUAGUAGAUUUAUUAAGCUGUGCUACUUAAUAUUGAGUUGAUAUAAAUAUUUCAAAACCCCAAAAAUUAACUCAAAAUUAUAUUCUAUGAUCAUCCUUUAAAAGGCUGUUUAUUUGGCAGUAUAAGUUUUGAUCUUAGAUCGCUUUUAAGAAGAUAUUUGAAAAUUUCCUCUUUAAACACUCCAUUAAUAUUAUAUUAUUCAUUCGAAAUUGUUUUUGGCAUCAUCUAGAGCUGUAGUUAAUGCAAUAUUUUUGAGGUUAUUUUUAGAUUGAAUAACUUGACAUGACACAUUGACAAACACUCACCACGCCAUUAUCACUAGCAGCCUUACAAAUAAACUUGUUAAAAUUUUGUAUUUUAUUAAUUCCAAUGUAAAAUAAUACGCAUUGUAUGUUACAAAAUUUGAAAGAUGCCAUUGAGUGUCAAGAUGGCACGCACACAAGCAUCUAAUAGUUGCCUUAAUAAAAAAGCUAUUAUUCUUAAAUAGUGCGGUAUCUAGUUGUUGGGGCGCAGCGGAGACCAAUCCGUUAUCUAAGCCUGAGAACAAGAAUAUGCAUAAGUUUUACAAAUAGACAUUUUGCUUAUGAUUGGUUUAUUCGGACAAAUUACGUUUCCCGCGUUUAUUUGCAAGGCUGUUUGACAUUUGGAAUACUUCAGAAUUGUCAUUCUAUUGACAGUGUUAUCAGCAUAAACUUUGUAUACUAUCGUAACAGACAAACCCUGUCCUCACUACGGCGAGACUAAAUUUAAAAUGUUCAUGUGUGCUUGUUUUACAGAUGUGUUAGUGAGUUAGUGACGUGUGUUAUUUUUUGCUUUUGGUCAAUCUCCAUGGCAAAUAUAAAAUGUAAUAUUUAGUAUUUUAGUGCAUAAUAUGUUCUAUGAAGAUAAACAUCACGGAAGUAGUAUUGAAGAAUCAGUAUUUAGUAUAACCUGUGAACACACAAUCUACAAAGAACCCGACACCGUUAUAUUUUUUAUAGAUAUCCGCUAAAACACAGAACAAUAACGAUAAAAACACUAAAAUUAAAACGCGGUCCAAUUUGACAGGAGAUUAAUAGACACUAAAUUGUUUCAAAAUGGUUUCAUCUACUCCGUCUCUUUCUCACACCUAGGUUUUUAUGUAAGGAUCGUUAUCUCAGUUUCACACAGGGUUUGUGUAUUACGCUUGUAUACCAAGUUUAUUGUUGUCAGUGAUAUAGUCCCAUAUUCUUGGUUUAUUCUCAGUUAUAACUUUAUACCAAGUUUAUUUGUAAAUCCGUUACUCUUUAGUAUUAUGGAACUUUUAUUAGGAAAUACUCAUUUUUCUGUUCAUAUAUUACAAAUAUCGAGGAUAUUUCUACUUAGUACUUAGCGAAUUACUUGCGUAAUUAUAAUAUACACGUUGUGAUAUAUUUAGAUAUAAGUAUGUAUAGGAUUUAAUUUAAGUUUUACACCCGUAGAGGUUUGUUACCCUUGAUUAUUUAAAAUGAUUCUGUACACUAAAAGGUGGAAUAAUUUUUUUGAUGAUGUAAAUAGUAAUGUAUAGAACAUAAAUUUCAUUUCGAUUUUUAUCCCGUCCACCAAUAAAUGUGCCUUAUAAUGAUA